CUCCAACUAUCACAUUAAAUGUCCGCACUUAGGCACCUCCCUCCAUCCAACUCUUGUUUAUCCUCCAGCUAAAAGAAAGGUAGAUGUAGGUACUAGGUACUGAUUGUUUCCUAACUAGUUUUUUUUUCCUUUGUAUUUUUACCUAUAAAAGGCUGAAGAGCUUUUUCCAUCUAUUAAACCUUAUCCCUUGUAUGCCAACCUUAUCUUACACACUAAAAACACACACACAGAGAAAAUAUGAGUAAUUUUGGAGAGGGAAAGCCACAUGCUGUGUUGACUCCAUAUCCAGUACAAGGCCAUAUCAAUCCAUUGUUCAAACUAGCAAAGCUUCUUCACCUUAGAGGCUUUCACAUAACCUUUGUCCACACUGAGUAUAACCACAAACGCUUGCUCAAGUCAAGAGGUCCUAAUGCCCUUGAUGGUCUCCCUGACUUUGCCUUUGAGACCAUCCCAGAUGGUCUUCCAUCCAUUGAAGGUGAUGGUAAUGUUAGUCAAGACAUACCCUCUCUCUGUGAAUCAAUCAGAAAGAACUUCCUUCAUCCUUUUCGUGAACUUCUUGCAAGACUUAACAACUCUGCCACUGCUGGUCUUAUCCCCCCAGUUACUUGCUUAAUUUCUGAUUUUUGCAUGACCUUUUCUAUUCAAGCUGCUCAAGAACUUGCACUCCCUUCAGUUCUCUUUUUUCCAGCCAGUGCAACUUCAUUCAUGACUGUUUUGCACUUUCAGACUCUGCUUGAUAAAGGUCUCAUACCACUCAAAGAUGAGAGUUAUCUGACCAAUGGAUAUUUGGACACUAAAGUAGAUUGGAUUUCAUGUCUGCAAAACUUUCGACUCAAGGAUCUGCCUGACUUUAUCAGGACAACAAAUCCAAAUGAUUUCAUGGUAGAAUUCUUCAUUGAAGCGGCAGAUAUAGCUAAGAGGGCAUCUGCUAUGUUUAUUAAUACUUUUUAUGAACUUGAGAGAGAUGUACUAACUGCUCUCUCCUCUAAGUUCCCUUCUGUUUACCCCAUUGGCCCUUUCCCUUCAUUUUUAAAACAAACUCCGCAGAGUCACUUGGCAUCUUUAGGUUCCAAUCUUUGGAAAGAAGAUACCAAGUGUCUCCAAUGGCUUGAAUCCAAGGAACCCGAAUCAGUUGUUUAUGUGAAUUUUGGCAGCAUUACUGUUAUGUCACCGGAGCAACUCUUGGAGUUUGCUUGGGGUUUGGCCAACAGCAAGAAACCCUUUUUAUGGAUAAUUAGGCCUGACCUUGUCAUCGGUGGCUCCGUGAUUUUGUCACCGGAGUUUGUCGACAACAUUUCAGAUAGAGGCCUAAUAGCAAGCUGGUGUCCACAAGAGCAGGUGCUGAACCACCCUUCAAUUGGUGGUUUCUUGACUCAUUGUGGAUGGAACUCAACCCUUGAAAGCAUCUCUGCAGGAGUGCCAAUGCUGUGCUGGCCAUUUUUUGCUGAUCAACCAACAAAUUGUAGAUGUAUUUGCAAAGAAUGGGAUAUUGGGAUUGAAAUUGAUACCAAUGGGAAGAGAGAGGAGGUGGAGAAGCUGAUCAAUGAAUUGAUGGUGGAAGAGAAAGGAAAGAGGAUGAGGCAGAAAACCAUGGAGUUGAAGAAGAAGGCGAAGGAGGACACUGGGCCUGGUGGUUGUUCAUACAUGAACUUGGACAAAGUGAUUAAGGAUGUAUUGCUUUAACAAUAAUAGACUUUAAUUUCUGCAAUGCAGCAGUGUAUUAAUUUAUUUAUCUUCUCUCCUAUUGAAUUUGUUCCACUGUCAGAUUGCUUUUUCUUUUCUCCAAUGCAGCACUGUAAUAAUAUAUUUCAUUGUAAAGCAAAAAUGAUGCUUCGGUUAGAAGUGAUACAUGUAUUUAAAAUGCAAGCUGUCAAUUGCAUUUAUAAUUU